GAACAAAAACUCAGAAGAAAGACCAGACGUCUGUCCAAGAGAGUUAGGUACAUCAGGGCAGUAAGUCGGGAGGGGAAAAAAAAGCAACCAGCUACCAACGAACAAGAGCAAGAAAGAGGAGAACAGUGACAGCUAUUGGACAGAGGAAGAGAGAGAGGGGCAGCAGCACAGAGAGGGAGGAGAAAAGAGCGAGAGAUAAGAGUGUGACAAACAGGAGACAUUGAGAGGAAGCACAUGGUGUAAAAAUGCCCACCAGCUUUACUGUGGUCCCGGUGAAGGACAACACAAGAGGGGGAAAGAAAGAAAGGAGUGAGGAGGAUGAUGUGGAUGACAACAACGUGCUAAAAGAGGAAGAUGAGGAAACCACAGGUGAUGGCGUUCCAAAGGAAAACAGCCCCUUCAUUAACAACACAGAAAACGACAAAGGCAACAGCUACGAUGGCACCAACAUGGCUCUAUUUGAGGAGGAAAUGGACAGCAACCCCAUGGUAUCGUCUCUCCUCAACAAACUGGCCAACUACACUAAUCUCACCCAGGGGGCCCAGGAGCACGAGGAAGCUGAUGAUGACGAGGGGUCCAAGAAGAAAGCUGUUAAGAGCCCACAGAUGGGGACAUUCAUGGGUGUCUACCUCCCCUGCCUCCAGAACAUUCUGGGGGUCAUCCUAUUUCUGCGCCUUACCUGGAUUGUCGGCACCGCCGGCAUCUUGGAGUCCCUGGCUAUCGUCUGCUUGUGCUGUUCUUGUACCAUGCUGACGGCCAUAUCCAUGAGUGCGAUCGCUACUAAUGGCGUUGUGCCAGCCGGAGGUUCCUAUUAUAUGAUCUCUAGAUCUCUUGGUCCAGAGUUUGGAGGAGCUGUAGGUCUCUGUUUCUACCUGGGGACAACUUUUGCUGGCUCCAUGUACAUUCUGGGUACUAUAGAGAUUCUUCUGACUUACAUCGUGCCUAAAGCAGCCAUCUUUGUGGCAGAGAAGAAGGAGGACCAGUUGGAUGCCCUGCUGAAUAACAUGCGCGUGUACGGCACGUGCUGCCUCGCACUGAUGGCUGUGGUCGUCUUUGUUGGAGUGAAAUAUGUGAACAAACUAGCCUUAGUCUUCCUGGCCUGUGUCAUUCUUUCUAUCCUUGCUAUCUACGCUGGAGUCAUCAAGACCAUCUUUGAGCCGCCUGACUUUCCUGUUUGCAUGUUGGGAAAUCGCACUCUGCAGAACCUCAACUUUGACAAGUGUCUUAAGACAGAUUUUAUAGACAACAUGACGGUCACUACCAAACUGUGGAUGCUGUUCUGUGAAGGACCUGAGCUCAACGCCACCUGCAAUGACUACUUCGUCAACAAUAAUGUCACUAUGAUACAGGGCAUCCCUGGGCUCACCAGCAGAGUCAUUUCAGAAAACAUGUGGUCAGAGUAUGGUCCUCUGGGCAUGAUGGUAGAAAACAAAAAGCUGUCGUCUCUUGGGGGAAGUGACUCUGCCCAAGACAUCUACAUGCCAUAUGUAGUCAAUGACAUUACCACCUUCUUCACACUGCUGGUCGGCAUCUACUUCCCCUCUGUCACUGGUAUCAUGGCCGGUUCAAACCGCUCAGGCGACUUGAGGGAUGCCCAGAAGUCCAUACCCGUCGGCACCAUCCUGGCUAUUGCUACCACCUCCGUCAUCUACGUCACCUGUGUGGUUCUCUUCGGUGCCUGUAUUGAAGGCGUUCUGCUUCGAGACAAAUUUGGUGACUCGGUGAAAGGAAACCUUGUGAUAGGCACGUUAUCAUGGCCCUCACCUUGGGUUAUUGUGAUUGGCUCGUUCUUCUCCUGCUGUGGGGCAGGUUUACAGAGUUUGACUGGUGCCCCACGACUGCUGCAGGCCAUCGCACGAGAUGGCAUCGUACCUUUCUUACAGGUGUUUGGUCAUGGUAAAGCUAAUGGAGAACCAACCUGGGCUCUGCUCCUGACUGCUGGGAUCUGUGAGAUAGGCAUCCUCAUCGCCUCACUGGACGCCGUGGCUCCUAUCCUCUCCAUGUUUUUCCUCAUGUGCUACCUGUUUGUCAACCUGGCCUGCGCUGUUCAGACGCUACUGCGAACGCCCAACUGGAGACCACGCUUCAAAUACUACCACUGGGCUCUGUCCUUCCUGGGAAUGAGCUUGUGCCUUGCUCUCAUGUUCAUCUGCUCCUGGUAUUAUGCUAUCGUUGCCAUGGCCAUCGCUGGGUGCAUCUACAAAUACAUUGAAUACAGAGGGGCAGAGAAAGAAUGGGGUGAUGGCAUCCGUGGUCUGUCUCUUAACGCAGCUCGCUACGCCCUCAUUCGACUGGAGGAGGCUCCACCGCACACAAAGAACUGGAGGCCUCAGGUACUGGUGCUGCUGAACGUGGACUCCGAUCAAGGAGUCAAACACCCUCGCCUGCUCUCCCUCACCACUCAGCUGAAGGCAGGAAAAGGCCUGACGAUUGUGGGAAAUGUUUUAGAGGGAACGUAUCUCACUAAGGACGCAGAGGCCAAGAGGGCUGAGCAGAACAUCAAGUCCUCUAUGUCAGCAGAGCGGACCAAGGGUUUCUGUCAUGUUGUGGUGUCUUCAAACCUCAGAGAUGGCAUGUCCCACCUCAUCCAGUCUGCAGGCCUGGGGGGCAUGAAGCACAAUACGGUCCUGAUGGCCUGGCCCGGGACCUGGAGGCAGUCUAAUGACCCCCAGUCAUGGAAGAAUUUCAUAGAGACAGUGCGGGAGUCCACAGCCGCCCAUCAUGCCUUACUUGUGGCAAAGAAUGUGGACAGUUUCCCUACCAACCAGGACCGUCUGGGGGAGGGCACCAUUGAUGUGUGGUGGGUGGUCCAUGACGGAGGCAUGCUGAUGCUGCUGCCCUUCCUGCUGCGACAACACAAGGUGUGGAGGAAAUGUAAGAUGCGCAUCUUCACUGUGGCCCAGAUGGAUGACAACAGCAUCCAAAUGAAGAAAGAUCUCCAGAUGUUCCUUUACCACCUGCGAUUGGAUGCAGAGGUGGAAGUGGUGGAGAUGCAUGACAAUGACAUCUCAGCUUUUACGUAUGAGAAGACGCUGAUGAUGGAGCAGAGAUCUCAGAUGCUGAAACAGAUGCAGCUGUCCAGGACUGAGAGGGAGAGAGAGAUUCAGAGUAUCACUGAUGAAUCGCGUAAUUCAAUCCGGAGGAAGAACCAAGGCGCUGCAGAGAGCGCCAGCCUCAGCCGGCACUCCUCAACGGUGGAGGACAAUCAGGAGGACGAGGCCCAGCUAAUCCAUGACAGAAACACGGCAUCUCACGCCACGAUUAACGACAAGGCCGAGACAGGGCCCGAUCGGGUUCACAUGACUUGGACCAAGGACAAGCUGUUCGCAGAGCGUAAUCGCAAUCGCGAGUGCAACGCCAAUGUGGCUGUGCGUGACCUGUUCAACAUGAAACCAGAGUGGGAGAGUCUGUAAGUCGCAUUCUCUUUGCCCU